AUGCUGACUAGGUUCCCGGGCCCGCGCUACCGGGAGCUGGCCAAGAACUGGAUGCCCACUGUGGCCAUGCGGGGCACCGUGGGUGCUGUGGGCCUGGUAUGGGCCACCGACUGGAGGCUGAUCCUGGACUGGGUAUCCUACAUCAGCGGCAAAUUUAAGAAGGACGAUUGA